AUGGCCAUUGGAGAGAUCAUUUUGGGUUCCUUCUUGGCUUCCCUCUUUCAAGUCUUGUUUGAGAAGUUAGCUCCUCUCCUUUUGGGCUCUACACAACAAGAAGGAAUCAGCAUUGCCUUGCUCAAGGAGUGGGAGAAAAAGCUGAAAUUGAUCAAUGCAAUGCUAGCUGAUGCAGAGGACAAGCAACUCGAAGGUAAUCAUCUAGUGAAGCUAUGGUUGGAUGAUGUUGGGGACUUGGCCUAUGACAUGGAAGACUUGCUCGAUGAGUUCGCCAUCAAAACUGCUCAAAUUAAGAUGGAGGUAGAAUCCAUCACAAGCAAAGGUCGAAUGAAAUGGAAGUUCUCUUGCUUUGGCCAAAAUAAACCCUCCGGAUGGAAUCCGAACCCAUCCCCGCUUGUGUCUAAAACCAUGGUCCAAGAGAUCAAUGGUAGGCUGGAAGCGAUCGUCAACGGGAUGGCUUGUCUAGGCUUGGAAGCGAAUGUUGUGAACAGAUCCAACUACAUCAAUAAAAGGGAUCCCACUAGUUCUCUGCCGGAGCAUCGGUUUUUUGGCAGGGAGGAGGAAGAAAGGGAGAUACUAGAACUAUUGAUCCGUGAGGUCAAAAAUAAUGAUGCCACACUAAGCAUAGUCCCCAUAGUUGGGAUGGGCGGUGUUGGAAAGACGGCCUUGGCACAACAGCUAUAUAAUAAUGCCGAAGUGAAUAACUAUUUCGAGAAGAGAGCAUGGGUUUGUGUCUCAGAUGUUUUUGAUGUCCUUGACAUAACAAAGACUAUUUUGCGGUCGAUCACCAAAUUGUCCAACGAGGGUGAAGAUUUUGACAAGCUUCAAGUUAAGUUGAAGAAUAGUCUAUCUGGGAAGAAGUUUCUUGUGGUUUUAGACGAUAUCUGGAAUGAGAAAUAUGAAAAAUGGACUGCUCUCUUAAAGCCAUUUGAAGUGGGGGCUAAGGGAAGCAAGAUCAUCAUCACAACUCGCAAUCUUACCGUUGCUUCCAUAACAGGAGCUUCGCCAUAUCAUUUGAGGGAAUUGUCCUUUGAUAAUUGUCAAAGAUUAUUAGCCUUUCAUGCUCUUGGAGCACUGAAUUUUGAGAGCCACCCAGCUUUUAAAAUAAUAGGCAAGAAAAUAGCUGAAAGAUGUCAAGGUUUACCUUUGGCAGCAAAGAUGUUGGGCGGUGUCCUACGUACUAAAAGUAAUCCUGAUGAAUGGGAAGAUACCUUAAAUAACAAAAUAUGGGAUCUUCCGAUGGCAGAGAAUGAUGAGGUUCUCCCAGUUUUAAAAUUGAGCUAUGUCCAUCUUCCUUCCUAUUUGAAGAGAUGUUUUGCUUAUUGUGCGGUAUUUCCCAAGGAUCACGAAAUUGAGAGGGAUGAGUUGGUACUCUUAUGGAUAACAGAGGGACUUUUAGAUGGGCAAAAAGGAAAUGAGAAUAUUUUGAAAUUGGGACGGAAGCACUUUGAUGAGUUAGUAUCCAGGUCAUUUCUUCAACAAUCAAGUAUCGACCCAUCUAAGUUUUCGAUGCAUGAUCUUUUGAAUGAUCUAGCAAAGUCAAUUGCAAGAAGGACUUGCUUUAGCUCGGGGAGCUCUCAGGUGGCAAGUAAUGAACAUGAUGUACCAUCUCUUGAAAAAACUCGUUAUGCAUCAUUCAUCCCAUUGUGGUAUGUUGCAUCAGAAUGCCUAAAACCAUAUCAAGGAAUGAAGGCACUAAGAAGUUUAAUUCUAGUGCGUGAUGGAUCUAGUGGGGGCUCUUUCUCUAUUUCCAACAAGGUGCUGCAUGACUUGCUAACAAACUUGGAGUACUUGAGAGUAUUCUCGUUAUGUCAUUGUAAUAUCGUAGAGGUACCGAAUUGUGUUGGUGAUCUAAAACAUCUUCGAUAUCUCAAUUUCUCGUACACUCGUAUCGAGAGGCUACCUGAGUCAAUUGUCAGCCUGUGCAAAUUACAAGCUCUAAUCUUAAGAGGUUGUGAAAGUCUUUUGAAGUUGCCUCAAGGUAUCACAGAGUUAGUCAGCUUACAGUUUCUUGAUAUUAGAGAUACAGUGAGUCUAAAGGAGAUGCUGUUGGGUAUUGGCCAUUUAAAGAAUCUUAUUAUCUUGUCCAAAUUUGUGGUAGGACAAGAGAAAGGUUUGCAGUUGAAAGAGUUAAAGAACUUGCCACAUCUUGAAGGAGAAUUAUUCAUAUUAGAAUUGCAAAAGGUGGAAAAAGUUAUAGAUGCAGCCAAUGCUAAUUUGCUUCGAAAGCUAGACCUUGCCAACUUAUCCUUGCACUGGGAUAAACAUGUGGGAAAUCGCCAUAAUCAUGAGCUUGAAGCACAAGUGCUUGACUUUCUGCAACCUCACACUAAUCUUAAAAAUCUCACUAUUUUGAACUAUGGUGGUGCAAGAUUUCCAUCAUGGUUAGAUUGUACGUAUUCUAAAAUAGUGUCUUUAUGCUUGCGGGACUGUCCUAAUGUUGUGUCGCUGCCUAUGAUUGGACAACUACCUUCACUUAAAGAAUUAUCUCUUAAAGGUCUAUAUGCAAUAGAAAGGCUAGGCUCUGAAUUCUAUGGAGGCAAGAUGCCUUUUUCAUCAUUAACAACUUUGAAGUUCGAAAAGAUGUCGACAUGGAGGGAUUGGUCUCCUUAUGUCGAGGGCCUAGGAAAAGAAGUUUCAUUCUCCUGUCUUAUGCAUCUUGUUGUUCGGGGCUGUCCUCUGUUGGUCGGGACAUUACUUGAUCGACUUGAUCAUCUGAUAAAGCUUGAAAUUUAUUCAUGUCCGCAUUUGGAAAACUCAACCAAUGAUGUUUGCCUUCCAUCUCUCCGUGAGUUGUUGCUUGAGGAUUGUGACAAAGAGAUCUUGAAGAGCUUGGUCAACCUAACUUCUUUGACCAUUCUUACAAUUAUGAAGCUUGCAGAGCUUGUUUGCUUUGAUCAUGGGUUUAUGAGCCACUUGAUCAAGCUAAAGAAGCUUCAUAUAGGAGGGUGUGACCAAUUAAAAUACUUGUGGGAAGAUGGAAAUGAAAUGCUAAAUCUCACUUGUCUUCAGGAAUUAACCAUCGUAGAUUGUCCUCAGUUCACAUCAUUCGUGCCAGGAGAAAGAGAAAUAGAGCUGCCGUGCAACCUUGAAAAGAUGGAAUUGAGUAAUUGCACCAGUUUAGAAAAGCUUCCAAGCAAGAUGUACACACUCAGUUAUUUGUCUAUUGAACAGUGUCCAAAACUCAUAAGUCCAACCAUUUCUUCAAAUGACCCCAACAGCAACAACACGAGGUCUCAACUUCAAUCUUCAUGUACAAGUAAAUGUGAUUAUCUGACAUCUUUUCCCUUAGCCAAAGGUAGACUUUCUACUCUGAAGGAAUUUUCUAUUCGAGAGUGCAAGGGAGUGGAGUCGUUGGAAGAGAUCACCGUAGAAUCGCUCGAAUGUAUGAGAAUUGGCAAUUGUGAGAAUCUAAGAAGCCUACCGCAAUGCCUUCACACGUUCUCCCAUCUUACUCGCUUGUAUAUAAUUAACUGUCCAGCACUGGAGAUAGAGGACUUUCCUGCCCUUCCCCUCACCCUAUCAGUUCUCAUGCUUCGGGGAUGUUCAAAGAUAAAAUCUAUUGCCAGCUUCAGUAAUCUCACUUUUUUGGAAAUAAGAGAGUGUCCAGCAUUGGAGAUAGAGAAUUUCCCUCCCCUUCCCAUCACCUUGUCUUCUCUUACACUUGACGAUUGUCCGAAGAUAAAUUCUCUGCCAAAUUGCUGGCGUCAUCUUACAUCCCUCUUGCAGAUAUGGAUUGUACGUUGCCAAAAUAUCAAAUGUUUGCCCGAAGGAGGUUUGCCUCCCAAUUUAGAGACCCUCGUUAUUUAUGAGUGCGAGAAUAUGGAGCCAGAGCCAGUGAGAGAAUGGGGCUUUCGCCGGCUCACGUCCCUCACGACUCUAAUUAUUGACGGAAGAAUCAUGGAAGGGGAGGGAGAGAAGGCACGGUUUCCUUCGGGGGACGAGGACGAUGCGUUGCGUCUUCUCUAUCCUUCCUCUCUAACAUAUCUUCAUAUAAGAAAUAUGAGGAACGUGGAAAGAUUAUCACGCGGUCUUCGGAACCAUCUCUCCUCUCUCCAAUUCUUAAUUAUUCAAGAUUGCCCGAAGUUGAGGGACUUGCCAGAGGAUGGCCUCCCUCCCUCCCUCCAUUAUUUGUCAAUAAGUGGAUGCGAGAAUCUGAAAGAUCGAUGCUCAAAACACACCGGCGACUAUUGGCCCCUCAUCCAAGGGAUCUGUUCCAUCUCCAUUGAUGGCUCUCGGAUCCAAUAAAUUGAUUCGUCCUGCUACGGUCAGGUUUUCUAGGGUUCGGGUAAGCUUAUGGUUUCGAAGGCAUCGAUUUCCCGUUCUGCUUCCUCAACUCGAUGCUCAAUACAAAUCGAUACUUUCCCAUGUAGAUGUUUCACGUAACUUUCUGGAAGUCCGAGAAAUCCCUAACAUACGCAUUGAUUGGGUUCGGAUCCAAUGAAGUGAGAUCGAUCCGCUUUCGCUUUCAUUUGCCAAAUGCCGCGAUUCAUCCUUCGAUGUGCAGUCAGUUUUCUUGCGGUUAGGCAUCCAUCUCAUCUACUGCGUUGGGCCUGCUUUUCUCUUCAGUCACUGCAAUGAACUUUCGAACAGCAAGUGAUUCAGCCUCCUCUGCAGGCAUGCAUCUCCUCUGUUUCAUUUCCGGCCUCAAUCCCAACAAAGGCAUGUUAUAUUUUUGGCUGAGAAAUAUGAGGGAUGUGGAAAGACUAUCAACUGUGGACGAUGUAACAAGCGUGGAGUAUUCUGUUUCCUUUGUCUCUACAUCUCUUUGGAUGAGAACUAUGAGGAAUGUGGAAAGAUUAUCAAGAGAUCUUCACAGCUAUCUCUCCAUUCUCGAAUGGCUACAUUUUAUGGGUACUGGAACUUGCCAAAGGAUGGCUUCUUUCCCUCCUCCAAGUAUCCGGCACAAUGCAAUUUCAAAUUCUGAAAGAUUGAUGCUCAAAACUCAGUGGUGACUAUUGGCACCUCAUCCAAGAUAUCCAGCUCAUCGUAGUUGAUCGAGUUCGGGAUCCAUGUCUAUUCUGAAAUCGUCAACUCAAUACUAAAAAGUUCAUGUUAUUCAAUGGACGAGCUUCACCUAAAUUUCCACAAACCAGAUACCGAAGGUCCAACAUUGACAUUUAGGUUGCUCUGUUUUGUUUAACAAGGAAGUACGCAAUGAAAUGGUUAAAAUGCUUGCAUCGUA